AUGCCGGUUCCUCUUAGAAUUGUAUCCUCUUGGCUGCAAUAUGUCUAUGCGGGUCGAGUUGAAUGGCAAAGCGAAGAUACGGAUAAGAUUCGCAAACUGGCAGAGCAGUUUGGGCCUGAUGAUUUGAUACCGCUUUGCGCUCGCAUGAAGCCACCGAAAGGUACCGAGCUGUUUACCGGACCGAUUUCUGGGGUUGAUCCAUCCUCGAAUUUUAAUCCAGCUGUACCAGAGGUGGCAACUAAGGAAUCUUCUGGAGAGUCAGAAAUCACACCGGACAUCUCAUCAACGCCUAGCCUUGAAUCUGAAGUGAUUGUUCCUGAAAUUUUGAAGGUGGAACUCGAAGAGCCAGGAAUUUCCACAAAUACGGCAAAUAACUCCAUAGAUUCUGAGGAUCCUCUACAGGGGCUUCAAUUAGCUGAUAGUAGUAUAGAUUCAACAACUGAUGUGGAGUGCAUCACCAUAGAAGAUAUUGAUAUUACGAAAAUGGACGAUCCGAAACAAGCCGCCCUUACCACAAGCGACAACGAUGUAUUGAGCAACCAUAGUCAUGAACCAGUUAAAUUGACGGAAGAGGACAAUGCUGCUACACACGAGAAGGAAGAUGAGCACUGUCAGAAAACACCAUCCGCUCGGGAAACUGUCGACGAUAUGCAGAUAACCCUCUUCGACAUACCAGAAAAUCUGAACACUCCAGGGCCUUCUCGAGCCAGUAAAAGCCCGGAUUUGUUUGAUGAAAAGAGCAAGGCCGCAGAAGAUGCUGUUGAAGAUUUCUCAUGGAAUUUUACUCCUCUCCGAACCCAGACUGCUGCAGGUAGUAAUCGAGGCUCUUCUCUGCAGGCAACGUCGUCAGCGAAAAAACAUUUGCGGCUUUCCCAUAACGAAAAUGGCGAGUCAGAUCCAGCGCACAAUCUGAAUGGUGAUGAUUCACAAGAGAAGGUAGAACCGCUACCUAGACCUGAUUCCGUCGAAAGUGAUGAUGUUGUUUGUCUGGAAGACCACUCCAAUUUAUGCUUUUUAGUGUCACAGUCAGUACGAGAUGCUGAGGAAGAGCCGAUGAAGAAUUAUCGUUGUUCAAAAUCGCCUACGGGCGAGAGAAAAGUAACAAGUAGAAGAAAAUCCCAGUCGUCUUCAGCUACAGAAGAUUCAUUUUUUGACACUCCAAAAUUUGUCAUCCCUCUAACAGAAAGUUUGGAGAGUAAGGAAAUGAAUGAGAACCCUAUUACUCUCGAUGGCAGUUCGCCGAACUUUAUCCUGCCUGUGGCUCAGUCAACUCCUGCAGAACCGGCCAGAAAGAAGGCUAGGUUUGGCUCAAAUGUGAAAGUGCUGAAAACGUCAGAAAUCACACCGAUGCCCAAUUAUGAAGGAAUGGCUGAUGAAGAAUUGAAGAGCGAGCUGACCAAGUUUGGCUUGAAACCGAUGGGUAGGAAACGUGCGAUCAACAUGCUAAAACGUAUCUACGAUGAAGUGCAUCCGGGUAAAGUUCAAUGGCUUGCAGAUAUUGAUUAUAUUGAUACUACGUUUCAUAGUGAUCGACCCCUUCACACCAGCCGUGCGGCCGCUACAGAUUGA